CGGUGAGGAGAGAGAGAGAGGCGGUGAGUGCAUUAGCCCCGCCCCUCCCGCUCCGUCACCGCGCUGCCCCGUGACCCGUAUGGCCAAACGCACCGCGGAGUAGGACGGCGGCAAUCUCGGAGCCGAAACACACAAAAACAGUAAUGUCUGUUGGCCGGAGUUCCUCCACCUCCUCCAUCUCGUCUGUGUCUCUGCUGGAGAUCAAGACUGAGACCCACAUGGUCCUCCAGGCGUUCCUCCAACGGGUCACUUCCGUCCCAAUGAAAGAGAGACCUGGACGAGUUGGAGGCGCCUACAAAGAUCACAAAAAGUUCAGCUCCAAAGUGCAGCCCAGAGCGAAGGAUGUCUAUGACUCUCAGGCCGAAGACGUCAGCUCAGCCGACGAGAAGAAAAGUAGCUUAAAGAGCUUCAUCAAGCAGCUGCCUCGCCGCAACACGUCACGUCGCUCCACCAAAGAGCCCACAGGCUCCCUGGGCAGAGACAGCAAGUCCAAAGUGUCCAAUAAACUGACCGAGGAUGCCGCUGCGUCACCGUCCUCCGCGUCGGACGAGGAAGACGGCGAGAAGAAACUGCAGAAUAGGCGGAAGAAGAUCAAGAAAAAGCUCUCCCAGUUCUUCAAGAUAAAGUUAGAGAAAGACGCACAAGGAGCCAAUCCUCCGAGGCCCAGCUCGCUGCCGCUGUCCAAAAAGACCGAGCCGGCGCCAGCCGUGUCCUCUCCCACCCGCCCCCCGAAGUUCUACGUUGAGGUCGCUGAGAAUCUGGAGAAGAUCGCCCAGAAGGCCUCCAACGCUAAGAAGAGUCCCGUCUCACCUCCACCGCCUGCAGUUGAGCAAAGGUUGGAUAAAGAGGUUGUGAGGGAGCAGCUUUUUCAGCUGUUGUCUUUAGAGGGAGACAACAUCAACACUAAGAUCGAGGCGGACCCGUUCCUGCGCUCCAGCCUGACCCGCAUGUCCUACGCGUCCUUCGCUAAGCUCCUGGACGCGUUCGGCAGCUCCGAGCUGCCGGCGCCCCCGUCGCAGGCGCCGUCCGCUAGUCCCACGCUGCAGCGCAUGGCCGUGACCAUGGAGGUGUCCCGCCGCAUCGUGACGGCCACCGGAGCCCAGCGCAUGCAGGGCUACGCCGAGUGCUACAUGGAAACCUUCGUGCCCUGGGUGAAGAGCCGCGGAGGAUGGGAAAAUCUUCAGGCCGAUAUGAAAGAUUUAGCAGAGUGUGACUGAAACGUCAGAGUUUCCUGAUGUCUGUCUGACGCAGAUGGGUGGACUUUGGUCUGAAGUUGAGAGAAGAACAUAUCAGAAGCCUCGUUGAUUUACAUUAAUGAGUCAUGUUUACACACUCAGAAGAACAAUUGUGGAUUCACUUCUGAGUUUAGAGUGAGAGCAAAUCAUACGCAACUGUGAUUUAAGGUUCUCUGGUUUGAUCCAGUUUCCAGAGGCGUCACGUCACACCUGUAAACAGCAGGCUUGUGAGGUGGACGAAGGGAAGGACGUGGUGGGUUCACACACGCAGACAGAAGCCCUGAGGAGCAGCAUGGUUCAUGCAGAUCAGUGCAGUUUACACUGGAGUAACAGCCGUUACACAAGAGGAGGAUGAGGAGGAUGAAGAGCAGGAUCCAGCCCAGAACAGCUUCACUAUCAGUGGAUUUAAAAGAAAACGGUCUCAGUCUGGACAGAGAAGACAAGUGGUUGGAGGGAGUUAAAUAUCUCCUCCCUCAGCAGCGGUGGAGCCUUAGUCCCCCGUUCAUCGUCCAUCGGUCCCCAGAGGGACCCAGGCCACUUCACAGGCCCCCAGGACCAGCACAGCUACUGCAGCACGCUGUGGUUGAAGAAGUCCUGUACACAGGAUGUUGUUACCAAGACGAUGCGAGUGUUCACAGAGGAUGUGAUGAGUGUCCCCUGUCGUUUCCAAAGAAGUGACGAACAGAGGAGCUGCUGCUAUGACAGCAAAUCAACUCAAUGGCAAUAAACAGAUUUAGAUAAACUGACCCUUUAAUAAUAAUGUGUUUUAUUUCUGUUACCAGCUUAAAAAAACACUUGGUUGAGGAGUUCACUUCACUAGUAAACUGUGAAUCCAGUGUUUGAUGACAGUGAACAAGUGUUGCACUGACACAUAAUGAAUCAUGUGGAUGGAUUUAUCUGAAACAUCUAAGUUAUGGAAUCUAUUGUUUACUGUAAAAGAUUAGAAGAUAUUUAUUAUAGAAACACCACUGUUUGUUGUUUUUUACUGUUUAUCUUAAAGAUGUGCACUACAUGGACUGUACACAGCUCUGAGUGUGCGUGUGUCUGUCUUUAACAUCUGUUUUUGAAAAUCUGUAAUUCUUAAGUGUUUCAUUGAAAAUAUUUCUUUAUGAAAGUAAACCCUUUUGUACACUU